AUGAAGUUCAACAUCGCAAAUCCAACGACUGGGUGCCAGAAGAAGCUCGAAAUAGAUGAUGACCAGAAACUCCGAGCUUUCUUUGACAAGAGGAUCUCACAGGAGGUCAGUGGAGAUGCACUGGGGGAGGAGUUCAAGGGCUAUGUAUUCAAGAUUAUGGGAGGCUGUGACAAGCAAGGUUUUCCAAUGAAGCAGGGAGUCCUGACUCCAGGGCGUGUUCGUCUUUUGCUACAUCGAGGGACUCCUUGCUUCCGAGGAUAUGGUAGGCGAAAUGGAGAGCGCCGAAGGAAAUCUGUGCGCGGGUGUAUUGUUAGCCCUGACCUCUCUGUUUUGAACUUGGUCAUUGUUAAAAAGGGUGAGAAUGAUUUACCUGGACUGACUGAUAUUGAGAAACCAAGGAUGAGAGGUCCCAAGAGGGCAUCAAAGAUCCGGAAACUCUUUAACCUAUCCAAGGAAGAUGAUGUCCGGAAGUAUGUUAAUACUUAUCGCCGCACCUUCAAUACCAAAUCUGGGAAGAAGGUCAGCAAGGCUCCUAAAAUACAAAGGCUGGUAACUCCCUUGACUCUGCAAAGGAAGCGAGCUAGGAUUGCUGACAAGAAGAAGAGGAUUGCAAAGGCCAAAUCUGAGGCAGCUGAGUACCAGAAGCUUCUCGCCACCAGGUUGAAGGAGCAGCGGGAACGGCGUAGUGAGAGCUUGGCAAAGAAGAGGUCCAGACUCUCUGCAGCUUCUAAGCCAUCUGCCAUUGCGUAG